AUGGCUCCUCGACCUGCCAAACGGCAGCGCAGAUCUACCAUCGUCCUUUCAGAUGGCGGCGAUGAAGACUUGGACGUUCCGUCUCCCAAACCUGGCAGGGCGAGCUUGCAGCGGGAAAUCACAUUCGAUGGCAGGACGUCUGCGACAGUGUCUCCGGUGAAGUCUGCAACGACCAGGUCUGCAUCCAGAAAGGCCGCCGCGAAACCCUCACCGACAUCCUCCCCCGAGAAAGCGAGAAAGAAUAAUAGCAAAGUCAAGAACGAGGUGGACACGAACAAGUCGCUCCACAGCUUCUUCCACAAGGCGACAGAAGAGCAGAGAUGGAAGAGAAAGUCCGAGACGCCAGAUGUGGAGGUGGAAAAUAAUGGCGAGUUGAGCGAUGCCAUCGAAGACGACGAUCUGUCGGAUGAAACCUUGGAGGAGCUGGGGCUCCGUAAACGCGGUUCAAACAGCAAUACAAUCAGACCGUUACCAGCGACGCAGGCUACCGCAGUGACAUCCAAGCGUAAUGACAGCGGUGGGCCGUUUUCCUCGUCCCAGAGAUUCGUCAAGCCAGGGGCAACAGAUCGAAAUGUCAGCACUUUUGGGAACCCAUCUCAACUUGACGACCACGAUCACCGGCCGUGGGCUGACCGCUAUGGUCCCACCAAUCUCGAAGAGCUUGUGGUCCACAAGAAGAAGGUGGCAGAUGUUCAAAAUUGGCUGCAGGCCAAGUUGGACGGGCGCAACAAUCAGAAGCUGUUAGUGCUAAAAGGCCCCGCGGGCAGUGGGAAGACUACGACCCUCGGUCUGCUUGGACAAUCUCUGGGCUUACAGCUCGUCGCAUGGCACAAUCCUGCUGUAUUGGAAGUGGGUGCGGGAAACUCGAUGUCCGCUCAAUUCGACGACUUCUUGAAUCGGGGCGGUCAGUUCAGUAGCCUGGCUUUCGACCAGGGUUCUUCAGACGAGUAUACAACCAAAGGAGACUCAAACAGUCGACUGCUUGUCAUUGAAGAAUUUCCAGCAACGAUGACGAGAUCCUCGAGUGCUCUCCAAUCGUUCAGAUCCGUCAUUCUGCGCUUUCUCGCACAAGCCAACGGGUCUCGUUCCACGUCAUUUCGUGGCCAACAGGAUGCAAAAGACGUUUCCCCCCCUGUGGUCAUCAUCGUCUCCGAGACUUUAUUGUCGUCUUCCACAGCAUUGACGGACAGCUUUACAGCUCACCGACUGCUGGGCGCGGAGAUCUUAAAUCAUCCCUAUGUCACCACUAUGGAUUUCAACCCUGUUGCGCCUACAUUCGUUACAAAAGCGCUCGAUCUGGUGAUGAAGAAGGAGGCGAGAGAAUCACGUCGACGCCGGGUCCCGGGUCCGGCCAUCCUCGCGAGACUGGCUGAGAUGGGCGAUGUCCGUAGUGCUGUGAACUCCCUCGAGUUCUUAUGUGUGAGAGGAGGCGAUGGGUCCGAAUGGUCCGGCACGGUUGCAGCGAAGGCGAAACGGUCAUUGAAGAACAAGGAGAAUCUGCCAAUGACUGAGGUGGAAAAAAACUCUUUGCAACUGGUUUGCCAGCGCGAAACAACUCUCGACAUGUUCCACGCUGCAGGUAAAAUCGUCUACAACAAACGCGAAGAUCCCCGCGUAUCGGACACUAGAGCCCAACCACCCCCGAAGCCACCGGAUCAUCUCAUGCAUCUUUACACUACAAAGGCAUCCCAAGUGGAUAUCGAAGCCUUGCUGAACGAAACAGGCACAGACAUUCAGACAUUUAUAUCAACACUCCACGAAAAUUACAUCCUGUCAUGCAAUGGUGAUAUGUUUGAGGAGUGUUUCGAUGGUUGUUCUGACAUCCUCUCCACGAGCGACAUUCUGAAUCCCGAGAUCCGCCAACUUCGACGGCGCCAUAACAACUCCAGUCCAAAUUUCGGGACAGCGCAGUCAAAUGUCCAGGCAGGAACUUCAGAUAUGCUCCGGCAGGACGAAAUCAGCUUUCAAGUUGCCACGCGAGGCCUGUUGUUCAGAUUACCAUAUCCGGUUAAUCGAGCGGCGGUCACGGUACCAGGCGCUAAAAGAGGAGAUUCAUUUAAAAUGUUCUACCCUGCGAGCCUGAGGCUGUGGAAACCCAUCGAGGAGACAGAGGCUCUCCUGGGGACGUUUGUCUAUGGUGGUGACAUCCGGAUUGGCAGAUCUCACGACCCUUCUCUGCUUACGAACGGGAUGGGGCAACUGUUCACUGGUGACGAUAGGGGCGUUGCGAAUUGGCAAACGAAAGAGCUCGCGCUGGACCACGCUCCCAGUAGCUCAUCGAUACAAGUCAAACAAGAGGUGACAGACACCGCAGGCCCCAAUGUCAUUGUCGAGGACUCAGAAAAGACCGAGCCUAACCCACCGCCACUGAUCGUCUAUUCCAAGGACACGUUGACGACUGAGCUUCUGCCGUAUACGACUCGCAUCCUCGCCGCAAGGAGGCAGGAUACCACCAUCCUGGAGAAGAUUACCAAGUUCAAGCCUACCAGCUACCUUUCCACCGAGGAGGAUGACUUUGAAGAAGACGAUCUGGCUACAAGUACCACCACCACAGUUGGUGACAGGGUCGGAAGAGCGCCACCUUCCACUCUGGCUCCCGGGAAUGCAAAAGGAGAACUCAGCUCGACGCAGGUUUUUAGGGGUUCGAAGAACGACGUGCCCGCAUUGGCUGCUAUGGGCGUGGAGAAGCUGUACAUCUCCGACGACGACAUCGAGGACGACUGA